CUAACAGGGACGUGUGGACAUUUUAUAUCUACUAUAAGACGAAAGCGGAAGCCGGAACUUAAGCACACCCGUCUUCCUGUCUCUACAGGGGCAUUGUGGGAUAUCAGCCAUGAGAGUCCUCCGAGCUUGACUGAAGAAAAUGGCAAGCAACAUUGAACAGAUUUUUCGUGAUUUUGUAAUGAGUAAAAUAAAAGAAAUAGAAGAUGAAAGCCAGGAUAAAAGCCAUACAGACCAGGUGGAAUCUAAUAAUGGGGAGUCGCACUCUGACUUGGGGACAGGAAUAAAUAACGAAGCACCUCAGGUUGAAGCAUCGAGCAUAGCCACAGAUAAAGUCUCAAAAGCUACAUCCCAAGGCAGCAAUGGCAAAGAGGAAUUUAUUACUAAACACAAGAAAUCUAAAAAGCACAAAAAACACAAAAGCAAAAAGAAGAAGAAGAAGCAUAAGGAAGUAAAGGAGAGCAGCUCAGAGUCAGAGUCUGGCAGAGAAACAAAAGAAAGUGUAAAGAAGAAGAAGAGAAAGAAAAAGAAGAAACAUAAACAUGGGGAAAAAGGAAAAAAGCUUGAUUCACAGUCUGGUAGCUCUUCCGAAUCUGAGUCUGAGUCUGAAAUGAAACCUUUGGGUGAAGCUGUAAAAACCUCAACUGGGAACAUGCCUCAAGAUUUACCUGACAUUAUUCCUAAGCUUGAGACUGCUUCUGACGAACACGAAGAAAAUAAAAAAGCCAAAAGGAGCUCUAGUCGGUCAAGGACAUCACGACAAGACAAGAGUUUGAGAAGGCAGCGCUCCCGUUCCAGCUCAGGCAAACAGAAAGCAAGGCAUAGAUCCAGGUCCCGGUCACCGAGGCGAUCUCCGAGCUCAAGGUCAAAGUCACUUUCAAGGAAAAGUCCGAGAAAACUGUCUGCACAGAAAAGAUGGAGAAGUAGAUCCAGGUCGCGUUCAAGAUCACAACGACGUAACAGACGUUCCAGAUCUCAUUCAGCCAGAAGAGGCAGACGAUCCAGGUCGCGUUCUAGACAGAAUAGAUCAGGGUCUAAUGUAAGGAAGAGCAGGAGAACUCGGUCAAAAAGUAGAUCUCGUUCACAUCAUUCCAGGCGGUCCGGGUCUCAGAGACGAGACAGGAAUUCUAGGUCAAGUUCCCGGUCAAAAUCGAGAUCUUUUUCAAGCGAUCAGCAUCCUGAGAGUGAGAAACAAAAGAGCAGUACGGCUGCAGAAAUCAAGCAUGACAAUAGCUCUCUGAACCAAAAUGUAAAGGAAGCAGAAAUUGGAGACAAAGAAGAAAUACAGACUAUGCCAGUGAGUCCCUCUGCCAGUUUUAUUAAAGAUGGCAUUCUAAAUGAUGGGCCAGUUAUUAGACUUGCUGGCUCAUGGAAACCAAUUCCUUUCUUGGAUGCAGGUGUGUCUGUUUCUGGCUCCUCUGAGACCAACCAUACAAUGAAGUGUAUUACACCCACCAUGCCUUUGGAUAUGAACGAUGUUUCAGCAUAUAGCUCAAGUGGGUCUAGGGACCUCCACAGCACUGAAAAGAAAGAAGAAAUUACUAGUGUUGAACUGAACGACUCCCAAAUAUGUAAACAGAAGUCCAUAUCACCAAACCAAAGGCACUCAAAAUCACUUUCAAGAAAAAGAUCAACAUCCAAUUCUCCUUUUAAACGAAGGAAGUCCAGGUCAUCCUCCAGGAACAGCAGGAAGUCUCCUUUGCAAAGGAAAAGAUCCAAGUCCAGAAAACGGACUAGGCGUUCUAAAUCCAAGUCUCCCAAAAGGAAAAGGUCAAAGUCCCAUUCGCCAGGGCGCCGGAGAAGGUCUAGAACCUCGGAUAGAAACCGAUCAAAAUCUAGACACAGGUCUCGCUCCAAAUCAAGAAGGUCUCGGUCUGGCUCGUGCCGGAAAAGAGGUGGUUUCAGGAACCGAAUGUUUAGUCAGCGGGACCGGUGGAAGCGAGAACCGAGCCAUUCUCCUGUAGUCAUCCUGCGGAAGAAGAGGUCGACCUCUCGAACUCGCCGUAGCGCUAGCAAGACACCUCCACGCCUUACUGAGCUCGAUAAAGAACAGUUGCUUGAAAUUGCCAAGGCUAAUGCUGCAGCUAUGUGUGCUAAAGCUGGUAUGCCAAUUCCAGAGAGUCUGAGGCCAAAAACCAUCCUUCAGCUUCCCUUGCCAGCCCCAAAUCCCACACAAUUGCCCUUACCCCUGCCCCUACCUGUUAAUCUCCCCAUGGGAAUACAAGGGAUGUCAAACAUGACCAUGAAUGCUGCUAUGGCUAGCAUGACUGCUGCCACCAUGACCGCAGCUUUAUCUGGCAUGAACGCAUUCGCUGCCAUGCCACAGCUGGCCCCCUUGCCCACAAUAACCAACAAGCCUCCACCCUCAGCCACACCAAAUCUGAAUCUGGUCACUAUCGAAGAAGCAAAAAAAAAAUUGGCAAAGCAAGCAAACAACUACAGCAUCAAGGAGCUCACAGAAAAAUGCAAGAAGAUUGCGGAGAGUAAAGAGGAGAUGGCUGUUGCAAAGCCACAUGUUUCAGAUGAUGAUGAUGAUGACCGGCCCUUUGGAGGAGUUGCCCUUAAGGAGAAUAAGGGCAUUACGUUCAGUCUCAGUAACCCCUCUGUGAAGCCAGCAGUCAGGUCAGAGGCUGCUUUUGCCAAGGAGUUCCCAGUGUCUUCAGGUUCACAGCACCGCAGAAAAGAGGAAGACGGAGUGUAUGGAGAAUGGAUGCCUGUGGAUAAAAAGACUGAAAAAGCAGGGGAUCCAUCAGUAUCUGCGGGGGCUGAGGAACAGAGCAAAGCCAACGACAGUGUCUUUCCUGAGGCACCCUCGCAGCCAGUGGACAUCACACUUGCAAUUAGUGAAAGGGCAGUGGCACAGAAGAGAUUGGCAGAGAAUCCCUUUGACAUCAAUGCCAUGUGUAUGCUUAAUCGUGCACAGGAGCAGGUGGAUGCUUGGGCGCAGUCCAACACAAUCCCAGGUCUAUUCACUGGUUCUACAGGUGCUCAAGUGCUCUCAUCUGAAGAGCUGUCCAACAGUGGCCCACAGGCUUGGAUCAAGAAGGACCAAUUCCUGCGUGCUGCCCCAGUCUCGGGAGGCAUGGGAGAGUUUCUGAUGAAAAAGAUGGGUUGGCGUGCUGGAGAAGGCCUCGGCAAACACAGAGAAGGGACAGUGGAACCCAUUGUAAUAGACUUCAAAACCGACCGCAAGGGUCUGGUAGCAGAGGGGGAGAAGACCCAGAAAUCUGGCAAUCUAGUCAUGAUGAAGGAUCUUUUAGGGAAGCACCCAGUGUCUGCUCUAAUGGAGUUGUGUAAUAAGAAAAAAUGGCCACAGCCUGAGUUUGUCAUGGUGCUCCACAGUGGUCCUGAUCACCGGAAGAAUUUUCUCUUUAAGGUAGUGGUGAAUGGAUGUGAUUACCAACCCCAGACAGCCAGCCCCAAUAAAAAGCAUGCCAAGGCCAUGGCGGCUACAGUAGCUCUCCAGGCUAUGGGGGAGAUCGCAGGGGACAGCGUGCAUUCAGGACCUCAGUUCACAGCAGCCACUAGCACCUGAUUAGCACAGCAACACACUAAUCAUUUCUCAUUUGACUUGCCUGCUGGAUAUCCGUUCUGAGUCCUUUUUCUUUUCAAAUUUUUUUUUUUUUAUCCCUGAUUUCAAGUUUCCUUCUUUCCUAAACACAUCCUCACAGAACUGGACCUGUCCAAGGUUGAAAAAUCACUAAGUUUAAUGGUACAUGUUUGAGCUGAAGUGUAAGCCAUUCGCUUGGCCUUAAAGCUUAGCCAAAAGUCAUUACUGAUUUAGUAGAUGGUACAGUGCAACCGGAAAUUAUUCACAGCGCUUCACUUUUUCCACAUUUUAUGUUACAGCAAAUUUAUUAAAAAAUAAUUUUUUUUGUUUUUUAAAAAAAUGAACCUUUUUUUUUGUUUUGUUUUGUUUUUUAUUUGUAAUAAAUUUGCAAAGAUUUCAAACAAACUUCUUUCACGUUGUCAUUAUGGGGUAUUGUUUGUAGAAUUUUGAGGAAAAUAAUGAAUUUAAUCCAUUUUGGAAUAAGGCUGUAACAUAAAAUGUGGGAAAAGUGAAGCACUGUGAAUACUUUCCAGAUGCACUGUACCAUUUUAGGCUUCACAGAGACCUUUUUUUUAAUUUUUAUUUUGGGUAACCCAAACUUUCUUUGUUCUCUACUUGUAAGCUGUACUAUAGGCUUAAUUGUUAAAUGAUCUAUGUUGAUGCGCUCCCGUUACUCUGGAUUCGAUGUUUUAUACAUGAUUUAGAUAAUGGUUAAAUCUAUAAUUUUUUUUUUUUUUUUUUUUUUUUUUUUUUUUUUUUAUGUCUUCAUUAUGAAGAAUUUGCUGGUGUGGUGUAGUGUUGCCUUGGUCUACGUAUGUGCAUAUCAUACAUAUGAUGUAAUUUGGACCACUCCCGUUAAUAAGGUGUUUUGGGUUGUGGACAUGUGGAAUGUUUUAUUUGAUAAAAUGUAAUAAAUUUGUUGUCUCCAAAAAACAUUGUGAAUGACUGACUGUAUUAGAUGAUCACAGUAUUGGGGUGAGUGUAAUGUGUCUGUCUCUGUGAAAU